CAAUGUUUACCUUUUCGUUCGGUGGAUUGGAAGGCUGUCUGAUUUAUUAACCCAUCCGAAAUGAAACUAUAGCGGUCUUCAAAAUUUCUGAAAGAACUGGUUUUAAAACUCGUUAAGGCUUUAUCGAUUAAUUGCGCGCGCAUCUCUUAUAAAAAAUCAUUGACAGAAAACAGUGAAAGGCAAGGUUGGAGGCCUGAAAUGGAGUUUGCACAUCUUAUAAAAUCACCUAGGGUUGAAAAGGUAUUAGUUCACCGCCCACUUAACAAGUCUGCUGAAGGGGUGCUAUGUAUUACUGGACACCACCUUAUUUUCUCUGCUGGAGGAGAGAGUCCUGAUGAAUUCUGGUUGAUUCACAGAAUAAUAGAUUUGGUAGAAAGAAAACCCAACACCCCUCCAGCUGUAGGAGGCACCCUGGUACUCAAGUGCAAAGACUUCUCUGUUAUCAGCUUUGAUUUCCAGAAUACAGAAGAGUUGAACAAUGUUUCAGCUUCGUUGGAUUGCUUGUCAUCUAUAGAAAAUCAGUCACUCUACUAUCCCUUCUUCUAUCAACCAGCUUAUACUGCAAUAGAAGAUGGGUGGACAGCAUUUAGGCCCGAAGUUGAAUUUUCCAAACUAGUCAUGCAACAACAGGAAGACUGGAGAAUUUCAUAUGCCAAUAAAGAAUAUGCAAUCUGUUCUUCAUACCCCUCUGCCGUUGUAGUCCCAAAAGCUGUGGACGAUGAUGUCUUAAUAGCUGCUGCAUCGUUCAGAGUUGGAGGACGAUUUCCAGUCCUGUCCUAUAGGCAUGAAGGAGGAGCGGUGAUGAUGCGAAGCAGUCAGCCUCCUUCGGGACCAAACGUCAAACGUUGCCGUGAAGAUGAAAAACUCCUUAACAGUGUAUUAAAACCAGGAAUGCGUGGAUACAUUAUUGACACUCGCCAUCAGAGCACAACUCCCACGCCUAAAUCUAAAGGAUCAGGGGGUUUUGAGAUCGAAUCUCACUAUCCACAAUGGCGCCGAAUCCAUAAGCCCAUCGAAAGACUUCAAUCUUUACUUGAAUCUCUAUCCAAACUUGUUGAAGCCUGCUUAGACACUGGCAGUUCUAUGGAUAAGUGGUUGUCGCGCCUAGAAUCUUCCCAGUGGCUCUCCUACGUUAAAGAGACUAUGAACUGUGCUUGUUUGGUUUCUCAGUGCAUUGAUCAAGAAACUGCUGCCGUGUUGCUGCAUGGAGGGGAAGGUCUUGAUUCGACUUUGGCCGUUUCAGCUCUCGCUCAAGUCAUCCUUAGUCCAGAUUCAAGAACCGUUCACGGAUUCGAGGCCUUGAUUGAGCGUGAAUGGAUUCAGGCAGGUUAUCCAUUCGUACUACGCCACCACCGCUCAGCUUUAAGUAACACAGUCUCAAGAAACAAGGAAAAUGCACCCACAUUUUUGUUGUUUAUUGAUUGCACGUGGCAAAUUAUGCAGCAGUUUCCAUGCAGUUUUGAAUUCAACGAAGGAUUUCUCCUUCAGUUGGCUCGACAUUCUUACUGGUCUCAAUUCGGUACGUUCCUGGGAAACAAUGAAUUAGAUCGUCAUCAGAUGCAAUUGUCAAAUAAGACGGUUAGUCUAUGGUCGCAUCUUAAUCGACCAGAAAUACUUCGGUCUUUCUUGAACCCUCUGUACGAGCCCAACAACCGCGUUAUUUGGCCUUCAGUUGCUCCUAUGAGCGUGAGCUUGUGGCCAGCCAUGUAUCUCUCCUAUGUAGUGGAACCUAGGAUUUACGACGAUGCUUGGCGUGACAUUGCUGCAAUUUGUGAGCAGGAUAAAGAGUUGCGCUCUAAAGCUCAACGACUUCGUCGUCAACUGAUUGAUUUGGAACGUGAUGCCAUUUCCAAGGGUCUUCUCGACAGUCCCAGCAGUAUAGGGACAGUCUUCGAUUAAAAUUCAAAUUUGUCUGCUCUUUUUUAUCUUGGUUAUGAGCAACAUUAAAAAGAAUUUGAAACAUA